CGCACCCGACCGAGCGCAGACCGCCCGCCGCCGCCGCCGACGUCGAGGGUCCGACCCGCUGCUCCUCCUCUUCCGCCUUACUACAGACUCCUCUCCCCGCUGCCACUCGUCCAGCCACCGGUGAGCCUUGGACACGGCUCGUUCCACGUCACCGGUGGUUCUUCCCGACGGUGGAGCACCGGUGGUCCUGCCAGGCGACGCACGGUAACACUCUGCUCUCCGACUGUGCUCGCGACAACCAAGCCCCCACGGCAUCACCGGCGGCCAUGAGUAUCUCAGGUGAGGUCCCCGAAGAAGGCUCUGACGGCGAGGAGGUCUUCAUUGACGAGCAGGACAUCAUCCAGGAGAUACAUCUUGAUGAGGAAGAUCUCCCUGACCAAGACGAUGCCGACGAUGAUGACGAAGAAGACCAAGAGAUGGAUGAGGUUGAAGAUCACUCAACUUAUGCAUUUCAUGGGCAUACAGAUGAGGUCUUUGCUGCUGCAUGCAGUCCUGCAGAUGCAUCACUUGUUGUUUCGGGAGGUAAAGAUGACAGAGGGUUUCUUUGGAGGAUUGGGGCAGCACAGGAUGUUCAGGAGCUGACUGGACAUGGAGACACGGUGUGCACUGUGGCUUUCAGUUCAGAUGGGAAUUUGGUGGCUUGUGGUAGUAUGGAUGGACAGAUAAAUGUAUGGAAUACAGCUACACGGACGCUUCAGGGAACCCUUGAGGGUUCGUCUGGAUCGGGCUUUGAGUGGCUGAAAUGGCAUCCACGGGGUCACUUGAUAAUUGCAGGAUCAGAAGACUGUAAUAUAUGGAUGUGGAAUGCUGACCACAAUGCCUUUCUGAAUACAUUUGCUGGUCACAGUAGCACGGUGACAUGUGGUGAUUUUACCCCUGAUGGUAAGCUUAUAUGUAGUGGAUCAGAUGAUGCAACACUUAGGAUAUGGGACCCCAGAAGCGCACAAUGCAGACAUGUUGUUCGGGGCCAUGGCUAUCAUACUCAAGGAUUGACAUGUUUAGCUAUUACUCCGGACUCCCAGUCAAUUGUUAGUGGCUCGGAGGAUAAUUCUGUGCACAUUGUGAGCAUAAACUCAGGCCAGGUUGUUGGUUCAUUAGUUGGCCACACCAAUUCCAUCGAGUGCAUUGGCAUCUCAUCGAGGUACAACUGGGUGGCUACAGGGAGCAUUGAUAGAACUCUCAUUAUCUGGGACCUUGCUCGCCAAGCAAUUCGGUCUACUUGCGAGCAUGAUGAAGGUGUGACAUGCCUGGCGUGGCUGGGCUCGUCGAGGUAUGUGGCGUCAGGAUGCAUCGACGGCAUGGUGCGCAUCUGGGACAGCCUCUCCGGUGACUUGGCCCGCACCUUCAGCGGGCACAGGGACGUCGUGCAGUCGCUGGCCGUCUCUGCUGACGGCAACUCCAUAGUCUCGGUCUCCACGGAUAAAUCUGCCCGUGUCUUCGACAUCUCUAUGUUCAAGUGAGAAAAAUCAUAGCAGCAACAACAUGGUUGAUUUGGUUGGUCAUUCUGGCCAGUCAAAAGUGGGGGUUUGCUCAGCUUGUAUGGUCAGGAAUUAUACUUACAGGCUUGCAGCCAUCAUGGGGCACUGAAAACUUUGGUUGGUACUGUACUUGUCCUUGACAUGUGGUCAAUGGUGCAAGUGGUACAAGAGUCACAAGACCCUCCUAAGUUGAGGGUAGUCGGUCGUGUACAAGCACUUUAUUUGCCUAACGUUGGGAUUUUGCUUGA